CUUAUAAUCUCCAGAAUCAUAUAUAUUAAUCUCCCUCACGCAAGGGCAAGUGCAAAAGAAUGAAAUCAUCAUCUAUCGUGAAGCAAGAAGAAGAUAAGAUCCUUUGCUUCAACGGCUGCACGGGCGAAGAGGCCGCGAAAAGGCGAUACAUCGGGGUUAGAAAGAGGCCAUGGGGGAAAUACGCGGCCGAAAUUAGGGAUUCAACGAGGCACGGAGUGAGGGUUUGGCUCGGCACAUUCAACACCGCGGAAGAGGCUGCUUUGGCUUAUGAUCAAGCUGCAUUCGCCACGAGGGGCGCUCUCGCCCCUCUGAAUUUUCCGUUGGAGAGAGUUGUGCAGUCGCUGCAGAAGAUGAAUUUCCGAUGCGAGGAGGGCUCGUCGCCCGUGAAAGCCCUAAAGGAGUCUCACAAGAUGGUCAGGCAGCCGUCUUGCAGAAAGAAGCAAGAUGGUGAUGUUGUGGUUCUUCAAGAUUUGGGAUCUGAUUUGUUGGAUGAGCUUUUAUCUCACACUUCUAAUAGUGUAUCAUUGUGAUUAAAUCUUAUUUUAUUUUAUGCAAUCUAUGUUCUAUAUAUGCUCCAUACUCAAGUUCUGGCAAACCUUUGUUUUGAAUUGAAGAUUAUGAUUAGAAAGAGAAACAAGAAGUUAGAUUAUUAAGAGAUCUAGCAGAGUUGA